ACGGACUUUACUGCACCCCCACCACCGAUUACCGGAUGCUUACACAACCAUCUCACGAUGUGACGACACGGCUCCAGGGACAAACGAGGCGUGUCCGAACGAGAAAACGCAUUAUGAAGCUAUUGCAAAGGGCUUAUUCGAGCGCGCGAUAUUGGGGCCGGCCCGCAAAUGACGGCUAGUGCUGUGUUGCGAGCUUCAAACAGUUAGCAUUUUCUGCAGGCAGAGGUGGGAUAGACGCCAUAAAGGAGACGGAGGGGAGCCUUACAAGCCUCUGACAAGCCUCCGCCGGAAGUUAGUACAGUUUCACCCAAACCAAAGAUAUCUGCUGUCACGCCACUGCGAUCUUCCAAGCCUUCAUCGAAUUCGUGGCCACAGUGGGAGGUAAUGGCGACCGGAAAUCUUGCAGCAGUCUUUCCGGGCCCCGGUAAAACGCUGGAAGUUACCACAGUCGAAGUCAAUCACCCUGGCGCUGGAGAAGUGCUCGUCAGAAACCAUGCAGUCGCUAUCCAGCCCUUGGACGCCAAAAUGCUUCUUGCUGGCUACGGCGGAGGCGGCGCCCUUGAGUCCUUCCCAGCUCUGCUCGGGACCGGUGGUGCGGGCGUGGUUGAGGAGGUCGGCGAAGGCGUGACCGGCCUCGCCGUCGGCGAUCGCGUCGUCUUCGAUACAAGAGCAUACGUCAAGGCGGAUGUCAACCGACGCGAAGGGACGUGGCAGAAACUUGUUAUCUCGGAUGCCAGGACUACAGCAAAGAUAGGUGACACUGCGUUCGAACAAGCAGUCUUGAUCGACUUUCCGUUGCAGACUGCGGUGGGAGCUCUCCAUGUAUUCCUCGGGAUGGCCGUGCCUGGUAGCGGAAGCAGUGAGGACAAAGUCCUUAUAUGGGGUGCUGGCGGAGCAGUUGGAAGCUAUGCUGUGCAGUAUGCCAAAUCCGUGAGUUCUGUUGACAGUUCAAUGAUUAGAAAACUGAGCAUUAACACAUUCCAGGUUGGGCAUACGGUAGUCGUUACCGCAUCGCCCCGAGACUUUGAGCGCCAGAAGAGGCUUGGUGCUUCUGAGAUGAUCGAUUACAAAGCCGCGGAUGCUGUUGAUAGACUCCGCCAACUGGGACCUUACAAAUACUUGUUCACGGCCAGCGGCGACCCGGCCUCGCAAAAGGCGCUGGCGUCAUUGCUGGAGGCACAGGGCGGAGGCGAGUUUGCGAGCGUUCUGGGCGGCGAAGUCGAGUUGCCGUCGAACGUCCAGAGGGUUUACAGAGCCUUCUCGCAAGCAGCUCAACAAGAGGAGUAUAGCGACUGGCGGGCCUGGUGGUACCGAGAAUACCUUCCGAAGGUUCUGCGGGAGGGCCUUGUUGAAACGGUCAAGUAUACAAAGGUGCCCGGAGGUCUCGGAGCCCUGCAGCAGGCGAGCACGAACGUCUUCGAAGGGAAGGUCAGAGGUAAGCUCAUCGUCGACCCGCAAGAGUAAGGCUGCGAUUGAUGGAGGCGUCGAAUGGACCUGCUUGCCUUGAGAAGCGUAAAGAGGACGGAUAGGGUAUAGCGGAGGUGUGAGCGGACCCGGAAUAGACCUGUCAUCUGUCAUCCAACAUCCUACCUAUCAUCCUUUAGACGUCAAAAGCUGUAGAGGCAACGCGCAGCUGUGCUAUCUAUGCAGUCUCAAAACAGAAACAAAUUUGAGGCCUGGAUCUCUCCCUCGCUUCGACGGGAAGGACCACCAAGGUGCUGAUAAGGAAGCAGUUGGGUCGACGCAUGCAGGCUCACGUCAGUCGUAUCGAGAGCGAAUGU